AUGUUAGAUAAAGUUAAAGAUGCAGUCAAAAUAGACAAUGAGAUGCAGAUGUUGAAACAGUACAUACUGAACGGUUGGCCAGACAAGCAUCAUAUUAUACCAGAACUUAAAAAGUAUUGGUCACUUGCAGAUGUACUGACCUAUGAGGAUGGCCUUCUAAUGAAAGGGGAGAGAAUAAUUAUCCCAAAAGCAUUAAGAAAAGAAGUUGAAACCAAACUACAUGCAGCACAUUUAGGGUAUGAUGCCAUGAUGAGAAGAGCAAGGGACGCAGUUUUCUGGCCGGGAAUAGCGGCAAGAAUAAAAGAAAUAGUUAAUGCAUGCCAACCUUGUCAGCAAAGUAAACCUGCAAACCAGAAAGAAAGCUUAAUACAGCAUAAUGAGGGUUCAAAUCCCUGGGACAAAGUUGGAAUAGAUUUGUUCCAAAUAUUUGACCAACAACACCUUGCCAUAGUUGACUACUAUUCAAAUUUUAUUGAAGUAGAACAUUUGCACACGACAACAAGUCAAGUUGUUAUAAGAAAACUAAAAAAUUUGUUUGCCAGAUAUGGGGUCCCCAAAGUGUGCAUCAGUGACUUUGGACCUCAGUUUUCAUCUGCUGAAUUCACCGCAUUUAUGAAAGCAUGGGGUAUCCACCAUUUAAAAUCUUCACCAGGACACCAUCAGUCAAACGGCAAGGCAGAGGCAGCAGUGAAAAUAUUAAAGAAUCUGAUGAAAAAAUCCAAAGAAAGUAAAUCAGAUGCCUACGAAGCCCUAUUAGAGUUUAGAAAUACACCCAGGCAAGAUACCAACUUAAGUCCUGCUCAGAUGCUCUUUGGAAGGGCAACAAGAACGCUUUUGCCAAGAAGAGAGCAUCCUGCAAGAAUGUCACAACAAGAAGCCACGGCCAAACGGGAGAAGCGACAGCAAAGUGUCAGAAAACACCACAACAAAACAGCUCGUGACAUGAAGCUUAUAAACGUCGGACAGAAAGUCUUCUAUCAAUCGCCAAACGAUACUACCUGGAGACAAGGCAGAGUAUGUCGGAAAGUGAACGAACUUGCCUACAUUAUAGAAGGGGACAAUGGUUUCAAGUAUCAAAGAAAUAGAAGACACCUAUGA